AUGUUCCCCCCCGGUUGGAUAGUCACACUAUUCGCUGUCUCUGCUUUGAGUCUCUGGGACGUGCACUUUGUUUUUGGCGCAGAACACCCUAAUCAACCUCUGCGGAACUACGAACGGUCCUUGGACAACUGGGUAUCAGUAAGCUACAAGGGUAAAUGGUACUGCCCCCUAGAGAAAAUCGAAGCAAUCGAGAACGCGGUAGAGUAUGCCAAGAUUCUAGCGAAUAAUGCCAUAGUGGCUUUGGAUGAUUCGGGCACGUCUUCAUCGGCGUACUCACGAUGGUUUGGUGAUGGCAAUGCUCACGAGUCUGAUCUUGAAGCCAUUAAAGAACACCACUACGAGGCGGCUAUUUCCGAGCUGCGAGCGCCUGAAUCUGGAACUGUUGAUUUUGUGAAUGAGGGCAAUCCGGAUUCCCAGAGACUAGUGUACGCCUGUCCCGCCGCAGAUGACAUUGUAUGCUCAUCAAGCGAGGCAGCCGCCGUGGUCAACGCCGGUGACCAAGGCCUUGGAGUUAACCUGCUCUACCUAUGCCCUUCAUUCUUCAACAAGGUUAGCCAGUCGACGAUGCUUUCAAAUUGGAAGCGUGGGGAAUAUACGCCGUCUGCUGGCAUGAUUCUGCUUCAUGAAAUGCAGCAUCUCGAUGCCGUUGUAGGUGCAGACAGACGCAGCAUUGAUCAUGCCUACUUAGUCAGAGAUUGUGAAGAACUUAAGGACGAAGAAAAGAUUACAAAUGCUCAGAAUUUCGCAUUUUUCGCACUUGAUGUCACGGCAAACCCACCAAACUAG